AUGUACCCCGAAAACCCCCACCUCCGUUUCCUCCUCUUCCUCGCCGUCGCGGCCAUCGCCGCCGGCGGGGCUGCUGCGGGCACCACCCUCACCGCGUCCCUCUCUGGCCACCAGAUCAAGAUCCGUUGGUCCGGCCUUCCGGCCCCGGACGGCCUCGACUACGUCGCCAUCUACUCGCCGCCGUCCUCCCGCGACCGCGACUUCCUCGGCUACCUCUUCCUCAACGGCUCCGCCUCCUGGCGCGGCGGCUCCGGGGAGCUCUCCCUCCCGCGCCUCCCGACGCUCCGCGCGCCCUACCAGUUCCGCCUCUUCCGCUGGCCCGCCAACGAGUACUCCUACCACCACAUCGACCACGACCGGAACCCGCUCCCCCACGGCAAGCACCGUGUCGCCGUCUCCGGCGAGGUCUCCGUCGGCGACCCCGCUCGCCCCGAGCAGGUGCACCUCGCGUUCGCGGAUGGGAUCGACGAGAUGCGGGUCCUGUUCGUGUGCGGCGACCGCGGGAAGAGGGUCGUCAGGUACGGGCUGCAGAAGGAGGACGAGAAGGAGUGGAGGGAGGUGGGCACGGAUGUGAGCACGUACGAGCAGAAGCACAUGUGCGAUUGGCCGGCGAACAGCAGCGUCGCCUGGAGGGAUCCGGGAUUCGUCUUCGACGGCCUCGUGAAGGGAUUGGAGACCGGAAGGAGGUACUUUUACAAGGUUGGUAGUGACACAGGAGGAUGGAGUGAGAUAUACAGCUUUAUUUCACGUGACAGUGAAGCCAAUGAGACCAACGCGUUUCUGUUUGGUGACAUGGGAACUUAUGUGCCUGUUACGGCGUGCCUUACUACGGAGGAAGUAGGGAGGAUCGACGGCCAGAUUGAGCCUAUUGCUGCCAAUACCCCAUACCAUGUCUGUAUAGGAAAUCAUGAGUACGAUUGGCCAUCACAACCUUGGAAACCAUGGUGGGCUACAUAUGGAAAGGACGGUGGGGGUGAAUGUGGGAUAACGUAUAGCGUCAAGUUCAGAAUGCCUGGCAAUUCUAUCCUGCCUACUGGUAAUGGUGGCCCAGACACCAGGAAUCUUUAUUACUCCUUUGAUUCAGGUGUGGUGCAUUUCGUCUACAUGUCAACCGAAACAAAUUUUGUUCAGGGCAGUGAUCAGUACAACUUCUUGAAAGCGGACCUUGAGAAGGUGAACCGAAACAGAACACCAUUUGUUGUUUUUCAGGGCCACCGCCCCAUGUACACCUCAAGUGAUGAAACCAGGGACACAGCCUUGAAACAGAAGAUGCUCCAGCACUUGGAACCGCUGCUGGUGACAUACAAUGUGACCCUUGCACUAUGGGGACAUGUCCACAGGUAUGAGAGGUUCUGCCCGAUGAAGAACAUCCAAUGUGUCAACACUUCAUCAAGCUUCCAAUACUCUGGUGCUCCUGUGCAUCUUGUGAUUGGGAUGGGCGGGCAAGACUGGCAACCCAUAUGGCAACCGAGGCCUGAUCACCCAGACGUCCCCAUCUUUCCACAGCCUGAGAGGUCCAUGUACCGUGGCGGUGAGUUUGGAUACACAAGGCUUGUAGCAACAAGGGAGAAGGUAACAUUAACCUAUGUGGGGAACCAUGAUGGACAAGUCCAUGAUAUGGUGGAGAUAUUUUCUGGCCUGGUAUCUAGUAACAGUAGUGUUGCUGAGCCGGUGGAUGGUACCAAACAUGGUACAGGAGACAGCACCGUGCGGAAAAUUUCUCCGUUGUACUUGGAAAUCGGAGGCAGUGUAUUGUUUGCACUGCUCCUGGGAUUUUCCUUUGGAUUUCUUAUCAGGAGAAAGAAAGAAGCUGCACAGUGGACUCCAGUAAAGAAUGAGGAAUCAUAA